AUGUUAAAAGAUAUUUACAAUUCAUUGCUAUCAAAGAAGCAAGAAGAGAGUAAUAUGGCGGCGUGGAAUAAUGAAGAUAUAUUGGAAACUCAAGCACAAUUAUUUUUUUCAAUAAAGAGUAUAAAAGGUUUAAAAAUAAUGGAUAAUCCAAUAAAAGUUUAUUGUUUGGCAUCACUUGAAAAACAAUCAGUUCAAACUUCUUCAAUAGUAAUAAAUAAAGAUCAAUCACAAAUUGAAUGGAAUGAAGGUUAUACAUUUGAUGUAAUAUCAUCAAAAUCAAUAUUAGCAUUAUCAAUAUGGCAAGGUAAUGCAAAUGUAACUAUAGCAAAUAAUAGUAUAGAAGGUGGUGGUAGUAGUAAUAAUAGUAAAUUAGUUGGUAAACUUUAUAUACCAUUUGCAACAUUUAAAAAACAAUUUUGUGAUCAAUGGUUUCCAUUAACUGGUACAAGUCAAUCUGUAUCAAUUCAUGUUAAAACAAGUUUUACAAAUUCAAGUAAAAAAGUAACAGUUGAUGAUUUUAUAUUUUUAAGAAUGAUUGGUAGAGGUGCAUUUGGACAAGUUAAUUUAGUAAAGAAAAUUGAUACUGGUAGAUUAUAUGCAAUGAAAGUUAUAAAAAAAGAUAAAUGUUUAAAUAUGAAUGCAGUUGGACAUACAUUUACUGAAAGGAAAUUAUUAAAGAAAUAUUAUCAUCCAUUUAUAGUUGGAUUAAAGUAUUCAUUUCAAACACAAGAUAGUUUAUGUAUGGUUUUGGAUUACAUUGGUGGUGGUGAAUUAUUUUAUCACAUUUCAGAAAGGGAAACAUUUAGUGAGGAGACAGCAAGAUUCUAUAUUGGUCAAAUUAUGUUAGCCAUUGGGUUCCUACAUGAACAUGGUGUAAUCUACAGGGAUUUGAAAUUAGAGAAUUUGUUAAUGGAUUUGGAUGGUAAUAUUUGUUUAGUGGAUUUGGGCCUAUGUAAAGAGGGUAUCCAAGAGGGCCAUGUCACCUACACAAUGUGUGGCUCACCCGAAUAUGUCGCACCUGAAAUCAUCAAUGGUACAGGCUAUAGUAAAUCGGUGGACUGGUGGGCAUUGGGCACACUAUUCUACGAGAUGAUCGCUGGGUUGCCCCCAUUCUACAGUGAGGAUCCACAUGAAAUGACAAAGUUAAUCCUUUCGUCACCUUUAAAAUUCCCACCUCAAAUUUCAAAAAAUGCAGCAAGUUUAGUUUCAUUACUCUUAAAUAGAGACCCAUCAAAAAGAUUAGGUUCUGGUGAAUCUGAUGUAGAGGAGAUUAAAGCUCAUCCUUUCUUUAAGAAUGUAAAUUGGUCAAAAUUAUUGAAUAAAGAAGUUGAUCCACCUUUUAAACCUCAUUUAGUGGGUCCACUGGAUUUAUCUUAUUUCGAUCCACUUUGUACAAUGAAUUCACAACCAAUCAAUCCUUAUACUAUAAAUUCAAAUCUUUCUGAUCAAGAUCAAAUGGCAUUUCAAGGUUUUUCUUAUUCUGCACCUGAUAUAUUUUUAAACAACAACAACAAUACUACUACCAGCAACACCAAUAUUGGUGGUAGUGGAAGUAAUAGUGGUAGUGCUCAAAAUUCACCUUAUAAUUCAUUAAGAAAUACACCACCAUCAAUCAUUUCAAUGAUGAAAAUGUCUGGUAGUAGUGGUGGUUUCGAAAGAAUGUCACCUGGUCACUUUUCUCCAAUCUCUGUAAAUAAACAACAACAAAUUCAACAACAACAACAACAACAUCAUCAACCACCACCAUUACUACAACCACAACCACAAUUUUGGGUACAACCACAACAUCCAAAUCAUAUACCUCAGCCAAUGGCUCAAUUACCAAUUUUAUCAAAACUUCAAGAAACUACAUUUGAAAGACGUAGAUCAUUAUCAGUUAAUGCUCAAACUCAAUUUACUCUUGUAUUAGAUCCAAAUGAAGAGUAA